GUAUAAAGAGAUUACAGCACGGUUUGCUAUCCAACAUUUCACACCUGACAAUGACGACUGAGAGCAUUGUGUUCUACGAAGACAGGAACUUCCAGGGAAGAUCCUAUGUGUGCAAGGGAGACACAAGUGACCUUCAUUCUUUUUUUAGCCGAUGUAAUUCUGCAAAGGUUACUGGACAUCUCAAGCUGAAGCUCUUUGAGAGGCCCAAUUUUGAUGGCAAAACAUGGGAAGUUACAGAAAGCACCCCAUCCAUUCAGGAACGUUUCCUCUGCAGAGAGAUCCAUUCCUGCAAGGUUCAGGAAGGGCCCUGCGUGUUCUUCGAGCAUGCAAACUACCGUGGCCAUCAGUACCUCCUUGAGAAGGGAGAGUACAGGCGACACACUGAAUGGGGGGCCAUGCAUGCCACUGUGGGCUCUAUUCAUCAAAUCACCACAGACUGUUGAAAUGAAUACCUGUCAUCACUGCUACUGACAAAUACUGAAAAAUAAAUUUAUUUGAAG